AUCUCCCAAUAAUAUUUAAUAUGUGACAAGUCUUUGUACAGUGCACACAUCUCGAGUUCCUAUUAUACCUAUUUUUAAAUUACUUCUCAGAUAUAUUGUAUCGUUAAAUAUGAGAGGAGAAUGGGUAAACGAUCCGGUUGUUCAAAGGUUCAGAGAGUAUCUAAAAAUUCCGAGUGUUCAUCCAGACAUAGACUAUGGAGAUUGCGUGGUUUUUCUCAAGCAACAAGCCAACGAGAUAGGUUUACCGGUGACUGUUUACGAGCUGGUACCCGGAAAGCCGAUCGUGGUGAUAACUUGGACUGGUCUACAGCCAAAAGACUCGUCGAUAUUGCUCAAUUCUCAUAUGGACGUAGUCCCAGUUUAUGAGGAAUAUUGGUCGCAUCCUCCUUUCGAAGCUGUUAUAACAGACGAUGGGUUUUUGUACGGGCGCGGAACACAAGACAUGAAAGGAGUGGGUAUGAUGCAUCUAGAAACGAUCAGGCGGCUGAAAACUGCCGGAGUGAGGCUGAAACGAACCAUUCAUAUGUGUUUUGUGCCUGACGAAGAAACUGGUGGUACAGACGGUAUGCGAAAGUUCUCCGAGUCCGAAGUAUUCAAGAAACUUAACGUGGGUUUCUGUUUGGAUGAGAGCAUGCCCAGCUCAACUGAUGCGCUGAUAGCAUUCAACGGUGAAAGAACUAGCAGACAAAUCAAGAUCACAUGCAAAGGAGUACCUGGGCACGGUUCAUUGCUUGAGUCUAACACUGCUGGCGAAAAAUUACACUAUAUAGUUAACAAGUUUAUGACACUAAGAGCAGAGGAAAAGAAGAAGUUGGACAAUGGAGCGGCUCUUGGUGAAGUGACUACUAUAAACUUAACACAAACUGAGGGCGGAGUUCAAAUAAACGUGCUACCAGAAAAUCUAUCCGUAUCAUUCGAUAUCAGAAUCGCUCCUGAGUACGAUCACGACGCAUUUGAAAAAAUGAUAACGAGAUGGUGCAAAGAAGCAGGUGAUGACGUUAUUUUUGAAUAUAUCGUUAAAAAUCCGGAAGUAAAAAACACUAAAAUUGAUGGUACUGUUCCAUUCUGGAAUGUUAUUAAAACAACAGUUGAGAAAAUGGGCAUUGUUAUCAACUGCGCGACAUGUCCAGGAGCAACCGAUGCCCGUUAUGUUAGAAGACAAGGUGUACCAGCAAUAGGACUAAGUCUCAUGACUAAUACUCUUCCAUUACUCCAUGCACAUGACGAACGAAUUCACGUGCAAGUCUACAAACGAGGCAUUGAUAUUAUGGAGAAAAUAGUGUUAGCCGUAGCUAACGUUUAAGUGAUAACAACUGUUACUAUUAUAAACAAUACAUAUUUAUUAUAUAUAUAUUACUGCAAAUAAAUUGAUAUUGUAAUAUUGUAA